CCGGGUGCGAGCCGCCUCGGGCGGAGGGAGGGGCGCGGUGCGGCCGGGCGCCCGGGGGAGGGCGGCUGUGGAGAAGGCGGUGCUGACGGGGACGGACCCCGGGGAGCGCGUAACCCCUCUCGCACUCUGGCGCUGCGCGGUGUUUGGGGGUGCCGGUAAACGCGGCAGGUCUGGGCACAGCCUGCUCUGCGCUGCCUGCCUUCGCCCAGUGUGCAGCGCACCGAGGCAGGUGGAGACACUGACGUUCGGUUGCAUGUGCUCUCAGUCCCUUAGAGACACGAUCCUCCGAAAUUCGUGAACCAGUAUGCUUGGCAGGAGACCUAAAAAAAGCCCUCAGGCGAAGGGCCAGGGAGCUGCAGUUGCGAAGCAGCUGGGGCUGUUUGUAGAUUUCGAUCCUGAGGAGAUGCUGCUGGGUGCAGAGGAAGGCGGGGAUGAUGGGGACCUGGAAGCAGAGCUUGCUGCUAUCACAGGAGCAAAGGUGAAAGAAGGGAAAUCAAAACCAAAAGGGAAAACUCCUCUGCCUAUGGAUCAUAUUGAAAAGAUGGCUGCAGAGUGUAUGAAGGACCUGAAUGAAGAUGAGGAGGAAGAAGCAGAUGAUGAAGACUUGGAGAAGGAUACAGACCUGUUGGCAGAAUUGCAAGAAGUUCUGGGGGUGGAAGGUGAGACAGGAACCUGUGAGGAUGAAAUGAUAGCAAUGGAGCCAUCCACAGCUGAACCAGAAAACGACCAACCUGAACUGCAGCCACAGACCACCUCACUUCCUGCUGUUACCAGUGAGCUGCAACAGACAAUAGAGAAGAGAAUUGCUAACUAUAGGACAGCAAUUUCUAAUGCAAAGGAGUCAGGUGAGAGUGCCAAAAUACGCCGAUACGAAAGAGGCCUUAAGGCACUGGAAACCAUGCUGGCUGCAGUGAAGAAAGGCAAAAAAAUCAAUGAGGAAGAAAUGCCACCUCCUGUUGCAACAGGAAGGAGUUCUUCGCGCUCUUCUCAAGCCACAGGAGUGGAGCUAGAGAGUUCAGGAGAUUCAGUCAGUGUCCUACCAGAGAAUAAAGCUGAGCCUGCUGCAGAUGAUGAGCAGAAGACCUCUCAUGAGGCAAUGCAGCAUCUGGAAUCAGAGUCUCUACAGGGUCGUGCUGCUUCUAGUCCUAUCACGGAAACAGAUCUCCAGAACAGCAGCACACGAGCACUACUACUUAGAAGGCAGAAGGAGUACAAAUUAGCAGCUCUAAAAGCCAAGCAGCAAGGGGACCUGGAGAAAGCGAAGGAAUACAUGAAGGCAGGCAAAAAAUUUAAUGUCAUCCUGGAAGCUUUGGAUAGUGGGCAGCCGAUAGACCUUGAGAAUAUGCCUCCAUCUCCUCAGGAUCUUGAAAGCCUAGGAAAUAUACAAGGUCCAUCCAAGCAAAAGGUACCAGCUCUGGUGGGAAGUUCCCAGGAUCUUAAAACACCUGAACUUCAUCCCCAAGUAGCUCCAGCUUCCCUGCAGCAGCCAGAAACAGUGCUGGAAGCAUUGCAGCAAAGGCUUGAGAAGUACAAGUCAGCAGCAGCACAGGCUAAGGCGAGUGGGGAUGAUCGGAAAGGCAGGAUGCACGAGAGAAUAGCCAAGCAAUACCAGGAUGCCAUAAGAGCCCAUAAAGCAGGGAGAAAAGUUAAUUUUUCUGAGCUACCUGUUCCUCCUGGAUUCCCUCCUCUUCCUGGCGUUACAGCAAUGGAUGGUGACAGCACAAUAGCUGCUGUUCUGGAAAGUGCCAGCAAGCUGGCAAACAUGGAGGAGAAUGAUGACGAGGAGGAGAAUGAACCUCUGACACAGGCCCCAGUUGCCAAGAAGCCUGCUCAGCUGCCUGGAAAGCUGACUCAAGUUGUUAAGCCAAUUACAGUGCCAUCUGCUGUAGCCGAGGAGGAAAGCUCUCCUGAGCAUGUGAAACAGGCUACAUCAGCUUCCACCCUGGACAAGGCAGAGUCAAUGGAUAGUCUCCCUCCAGCUGCUAAGGAACAGCUGGAAUUUCUGGAGAACAGAAAGAAGCAGUACAUGAAGGCAGCUGUCAAAGCAAAGAAGGAGAAUAACCUUGAACAGGCUAAGGUGUAUCUCAGAACAGCGAAGAGCUUUGACCUAAAGAUUGAGCAAGCAAAAUGUGGCAAACCUGUUGAUAUUUCCAAGCUGCCAUCGCCCCCGACAGAUGAUGAGGGUGAUUUUAUCUUCAUACACCAUGAAGAUGUCAGACUGUCUCAGAAAGCAGAUGAAGUAUAUGCACAGCUCAUAAAAUUGCUGAAGGACCAACAUGAGAGGUGUUUGCAGUAUUCCAAGCAAUUCAUGCACCUGGGAAAUGUAGCAGAAACAACUCGGUUUGAGAAGCUGGCACAAGGUUGUAAAAAGGACAUGGACAUCCUACAGCUUGCACGAGCACAAGGAAUGGAUCCUCCAAGCCAUCACUUUGAGGAAAGAACCUUUAAAAUGAUAAGGAUAUUUUCUGAGCUCAACAGCACAGAAAUGCACCUUCUUAUUGUCAGGGGGAUAAACCUACCAGCUCCACCAGGUGUAUCACCAAGAGAUUUGGAUGCAUUUGUGAAGUUUGAAUUUCAGUACCCGAGUGCGGAGCAACCUCAAAAGAGUAAAACGCCUGUAAUUAACAAUAACAAUUCUCCAGAAUACAACCAGUUGUUUAAGUUGAACAUCAACCGAAAUCACAGAGGUUUCCGACGAGCAAUUCGGUCCAAAGGAAUUAAAUUUGAAGUAUUUCAUAAAGGGUCCUUUUUCAGAAGUGACAAGCAGGUGGGGACAGCACACUUGAAACUGGAAAAGCUGGAAUCAGAAUGUGAAGUUAGAGAGAUCAUCGAGAUUUUUGAUGGCAGAAAGCCCACUGGAGGGAAACUGGAGGUAAAAGUGAGACUCAGGGAGCCUCUCAGUGGUCAAGAUCUUCAAACAAUUACAGAAAAUUGGCUGGUCCUUGAACAUUAGUUCUGUCUGAGACCCACUGGAAUGUUGAAUGAUAUGGGAUGAACGUAUGUAGAAAGAUGCUGCUAGCUGCAAGCACCAAAGAUGUUAAAUGAAUGCACUACUGAACCUAAUGUCUAUUUUGAUAACAGCCAUAGUGCUUAUUAAUAAUUUUAAGGCAAAUGUAAGGCUCUGGAAAUUUGCUGCUGCAGGGGAUUGUUAGUAGUCUAUACAAAAUAGACAGAAUUGCCUUAAUGGGGGACUACUAAUGUAGCACCAGGAUGAAUGUUACACUAACUAUGCAUAGCGGUGUGUGAAAAGUUUAGCCCCUUAAAAAUUCCCUGAGGCAGUACAAAAACUAUUCAGUCAAGUCACAGGCAAGACCUUUAUUAGACUUCAUUUUUUCCAAGUGUACGAGCAGUCUGUGUGGUACAGUGAACAGUCUGCUACUGCUUUUCCUGUUCUUUCUUACCAAGGCCUGCUCAGGGUUCUGGGUUGUUUUUUUGUUGUUUUGGUUUUUUUUUUUCUUCUUUUGUUUCCUGAAAUAAAGGAGCAAGAACUCAGGCAGCAAUCUAGCAGCAGCGUCUUCCCCCCUGCCCCUUGCACACCAUUGCAACAUGCAGUUCAAUGGGACGUUGCCGUUUCAGAAGAAAAGAAUGCAAGAUUUCUUAGCAGCAGGCGUUUACAGCACUACAUUUUUGUUCUGGCUACCAGUUGUCUGCCAUGCUUGGUCAGUGCAGCCCAGGUACUGUGCCUUCACCCUUUUUUAAUUUAUAAAAGGAGAAAAAAAGUACGCUAGACCCUGCUGCUUCCCAAAUGUUCCUUGCAUUUUUGCAAAAAUAGGCUUUUACAGUUCUUUCAGGUGAUGGGGAAAUAGCCACUCUUUGUCAUGUAGAAAACUGGAUUAUGACUAUUUUGAGGAAUGCUUUUGAUCAGCAGCAUACAAGAAGCAGUACCAAAUACAUUUGUGUUUUUUAAAUCUCUGUGAGCUAACAGAAACAACUGAUCUCAAAGGAGAGGACGUGCCUGCACUGGUGAGUCGGAGCGCUCCUGCACCAGCUGUUUAGGUAGGGCAAGUUUGUAGACAGAAAAGAGUCCAGACAAGUAAGGCAGAGCUGCCUCUGUCUUCCUGAGCAGAUGAAGACAAUACAGUGUUCAGUUUUUAAUUUCAAUAAAUUUAAUAUACAAAACUACAUGUUGAAAAUAAAAAUAUAAUAUGCA